AUGGCAGCACAUUGGCCCGCCGCUCUCAUUCUGCUGCUCGCCAUCGUCAGCGCGGACGUUACAACCAGCGCACCUGUCGCCAAUUCAGCGAUUUUUGAUGUCUCUCCGGCGAUUCAGCCUGCCGCCGUUCCUGCCGUACGAGACGCCGCCUUGACCGCCGCGAAUAUCGGUCGCAAGGGUGGCAGCGGCAUUGCCGGCAUUUCCGCAGCCGCCGCCGGCGGAAACGGCGGCGCGGUCUUCGUUGAGAGGAGCAACGCCGCGUGGCCGUUUGCAUGGGGUCGCAAUGCGAGCGACGGCAGCGGCGAAAGCUACGACGCGGGCGACGAUACCAGAGAUGUGAUCAGCGAGUUUGGCGCCAUGGCGUGUAGCGCUGCGGGCUUGCUUCGCUCCGAGCGUGCAGGUUCCGCCAGAACCGCUGCUUUAGGAUUCGCCGAUCAAGCUUAUUUUUCCAAUGAAAGUGCUGCAGCUGCUUCUGCUGCCAAUGCUCCCACCAAUGGCGAUGCUGCUGGUAGUGGCAAGAGCGGCGGAUACACGGAGCCGAAGGACCAUCGGACGGAGCUGCGGUGGGACGUGUACAGCAUCAGCGGCCUCAUUCUCACAGCAUGCUGCGCGCUGCUGGCGAACGCGGCGGGGAUAGGCGGGGGGCCGUUCUACAUGCCGCUCUUCAACUCCUUCCUCGGCUUCACCGCCAACGCCGCCACCGGCCUCUCGCACACCAUGGUCGCCUCCAGUGGCGUGGCGAGCACGUUUUACGGGCUGAUUCAGAGCAGCCCCGCGGACCCAUCACAGCCGUUGAUCGACCUGCGCCUGGCGCUCACCUUCACGCCCGCGCUGCUGCUGGGCGUCAGCUGCGGCGUGCUGCUCAACCCGCUCCUCCCGCCCUGGCUCCAGACAUCCCUACUGGCGGUGCUGCUGGGGUACGUGGCGAGGGAGACAGGCAUCAAGGCGAGCAAGGCGUGGGAAAAGGAGACGCAAGCCGCCACUGCCAGGCCUAACCAGCAGCAGCAGCACCCUUCCACCGCCUCCGCUUCCUCUAUCAACACACCUCUUCUUUCACAGUCAGCAGCAGCAGCAGCACCUGCUCCCUCCUCUUCUGCCCCCUCCUCCUCCGUCCCCGCCCACGCCCCUUCCAAGCGGCGCUGGUUGGACCCGUCCAGUGGAUCUGGGCGGCUGACUGACUUUGUGGCUCACACUGCCGCCCAGCUUCUGCCACUUGUGGGCCUUGGCGUGCUGUGGGUGGCAAUGAUGGCUCUCGAGCGGGGCCUGGCCGGCACCACCCGGUGCAGCCGCCCGUUCUUCCUCUACUGGGCGGCACAAACGCUUCUGUGCUUCGCUGCCACUGCUGCCAUGGUGGCCUAUCAGGUAACGCCACGUGCUCCCCUCGCCUAUCAGGUUCGGGCGGCGUCCACCAAUCCAGACGCAGAGGGGGCGUCAGCACUCUCACGGGUGCUCAUGGCGGGGCAGGCAGAGGAGGACGGGGCAGGCGAUGAUGAAGUCUUGGAGGCCCGGAGAAAACGGGCUGCCCGGAAAAUAUUUAAGGUGGUGGGGGUGAUGGUGGUGGCGGGAGUGAUGGCGGGGGUGUUGGGCAUUGGAGGCGCACCGCUCUUCAAUCCCUUCAUGCUCACCCUUGGCAUUCCGCCCCAGGUACCACCACGUGAUGUUUCUCCAGAUCACAGCAUCAACGUGCGUGAUGAUGGUGCUAUUCGGAAGUGCAUCAACGUCAGUGAUGAUGGCACCAUGCCACUGCACCAACCGUCUUGUGCCGCUGACCCCACUCCCUCUCACUACCCCCUCCCUCUCACUACCCCCUCCCUCUCACUUCCCCCUCCCUCCUUCCAGAUAACAGCAUCAACGUCAGUGAUGAUGGUGCUGUUUGGCAGCAGCAGUGUCUCCCUCUCCUUCCUCUUCCUGCACCGCCUCAACCUCGCCUAUGCUGCCAUCUUCGCCCCCACCGCAUUCAUCGCCUCCCUCCUGGGAGUCACAAUCGUGGGCCGAAUAGUCAAGAGCACCGGCCGUGCUUCGAUCAUCAUCUUCAUCCUCACCGCAAUCAUUGUGGUGGGGACCACGCUGACUGUGGUGCUGGGCGCGCCAAGGAUUUUCGACGAUGUGAUGCAUGGCAGGAACCUCUGGUUCCACUCGCUCUGCCCUGCCAAGAAAUGCUUAUGA